CUUGUAUUAGAAAGCGCAAUAUUAUUACAGAAAAGUAAAUUUGUUUGCAGAUAAUACGGGCAGCGCGAAUAGACUUAGAAGACGGAAUCUGCAAAUACUGUUCAACAAUACGACAGUUGUCCCCUUCAAAUGGAGGGGGAAGUAUAUGUGCUUUUAUUGCGGGAACGAUCUGCCCAAUCACGACGAGUUACGGAAACAUACGAAAUCUCAUGGAGACUGUUCAGAUAGGGACCGAGCUCUAAGACUAGUCAAAUCUGGCGAGGCCGAAGUCAAAAUUGACGUGUCGGAUAUAGUUUGCGAAAUAUGUGACGAGAAUUUUUCCAAUUUAGACGGAGUUUUGUCCCAUUUGAACGUCAAACAUAAUCUUCAUUAUAACAAAAGCGUUGAUUUGAUAAUGACUCCUUAUAGGCUCGUGGAUUUAAAAUGUCUGAAAUGCGAAGAGACUUUUGACUAUUUUAGCAAGUUAAUAUCACACACAAAUACUAGCCAUCCCAGCAAUUGUUUUCUGUGCGACGGUUGCGACCAACAGUUUAACAAAAAACGGGAUUUGAAAGCUCAUAAAAGGGUUCAUCACAAAAACGAAUAUAGUUGCCCAAAAUGUUCACUUACUUUCACAUCCAACGCGGCUCUCCAAAACCAUAAAAAGCACGAGCAUACAUCAAUGUGCAAUGUGUGCUUUCAAACUUUUUCAUCUGUAGGCAAAAGAUUGAAGCACAUGAAGACUGAACAUGACUUUAAGAAUCUUCAAUGUGGUGUUUGCCAUAAAGUCUUGAAUACUAAACAGGCGUUCUUUGUCCACGCUACGAAAUGUAACAGCGAGGCGAAACCAAUACAAUCGGUUAUAGUCGACGAUUGUAAGAAACCCACAGUAAAACAAGUCAGGAAUAACAUAGCUUGUAUUCUAAACAUGUCUACAGCGAUCCCCUUUAAGCACUUUAUGAACAAAUUCCGUUGCUUUUACUGCCCUAGAGACUUCACAGAAUGCGAGGAUUUGAAACAUCACACAGUCUUGGAACAUCCCUUAUGCGAUAUUACCCUCAAAUCGAUGAGACUGCGAAACAGGCAAGAAGAAGGCAUCAAAAUUGACACAUCAGCUCUUUCUUGUAAACUGUGCUUUGAAUCUGCAAUAGAUUUAGACAGUCUGAUCCACCAUUUGAUCUCGGAACACAAAGCGAAAUGCGAUAGAGGAAUAGGAAACUACUUUCAACCGUACAAAUUAAUAAAAGACAGCUUUCCUUGUCCGAUUUGCGGCGAAAUAUUCCGAUACUUCGGAAUUUUGUUGCGUCAUAUGAGCAAAGAACAUACGGGUAAUAAGAAAAUUUGUAUUUAUUGCGGAAAGUCUUUCCGCUCUGAUCCGAACCUUAGAGCUCAUGUCACAAGAUAUCAUAAAGCAGCUAAACACCACUGUACUCAUUGCGAAGCUGAGUUUUCUACUAGUAACGAUUUGCAUCUGCAUUUAGGCAGCAAACACGGCAUUAAAAACUCAGAAUGUCCACAAUGUCACGAAAAAUUCACGUCGCAAUACUGGGUUCAAAGGCAUUUGAUAAACAGACAUGGAACGGGGCACAAGUGUUCGUACUGCGGGAAGCUUUUCACUAGACAUUCCUUUAUGAGCAACCACGUUAGGCGGUUGCACUUAAAAGAAAAGAACGUUGAGUGUUCUGUGUGUUUUGAGAGGUUCUUCGAUUCUCAAAGGCUGAAGAUGCAUAUGAUCAAGCACAUUGGUGAGAGGAAUUUCCACUGUGACUUCUGCGGUAAAAAGUUUCUUUGGAAGAAGAAUCUCAGAGGGCACAUGGCGUCGCAUAUUAAACAUGCUAACAAUGCACAAGCAGUAAAAUAUCCAUAGGAAUGAGAACACAGGUUGCUUUUAUAAAGCGCCUUUAAAAUUUAGCAAGUCACUGUGCAGUAGAUUUAUAAGACUUCCCACUGUGUUUGAUCAAAACUACGCUUAUUACCUACGCAAGACAGUGCAGUUACCAAUAUUGUUAUUAGUCAAAGAAUUCAGCUCAUAAUUUGCGCAGUACCGAACAGUUUCGUUGUCUUCCGCUCCCAAUUUAGACCGCCCUAAGUGCCAAUGACAUACACAAAAACACGUAGCAAAUCGCUUCUGCUUAUACAUACAACAUCAAGAAAUUUUGAAGAGUCGAAUUGACUGGAGUCCCUCGUUUCU